AUGGUUAACACGAAAGGCUCCACGUUUCACCCCGCCCUCGCCGUCUCCAAUAUCAAGAACAAUAUCCCCAUUACUCUUGACCUGGAGCAUGUACAAUACGAGACAUGGGCUGAACUCUUUAAGGUUCAUGCGCGCUCUCAUCGUGGAUUGCACCACAUUAUUCCUCCUGAUGAUGCGUUGGCUUCCACGCCCACCACUUACGCCGAGAAGGAAUUAUGGAUCACGCUUGAUGCUACUGUUCUACAGUGGCUAUAUUCUACGAUCUCCACUGACCUCUUGCACACGAUUAUCGAACCGGAUAUGACUGUCAUGGCUGCGUGGAAUAGAUUGCGUGACAUAUUUCAAGACAACAAGAACUCCCGGGCAGUUGUUCUUGAACAAGAAUUUUCGCAUCUUGACAUGGCCGAUUUUCCGAGGGCUUCGGCUUGUUGCCAACGCCUUAAAGAGUUGUCUGAUCAAAUCAAACAAGUGGGCACUCCUAUUUCUAAUGAUCGUUUGGUUUUACAGCUUGUUUCGGGUCUCACGUCGGCUUACAAGACGGUUGGAACUUUUAUCCUUGCGUCAAACUACUCCUCUUCCUCUAUUUUAUCAGGCCAGAUCCAUGCUUACUCUAGAGGAAGCGGGGCUUGCCAAACAAGCCACCGCCGGUGCCACCUCUGCCAUGGUGACAGCCUCGUCCUUCGAUGCAGAGGACACUUCUCAUGA